GAACAAUGACCCUCUCUCACCAGGUGUAUCAGUAGCAAGUCUGAACAAGUGGUACAAAGCUGGUUACACAAUGCCAUAAGGAGGCACUCAUGGAGGGUCUAUUGGGUGAUGUCCAACCGCUUGGGUCCACCUUAUCCAAAGGAGCUCCUCCCUCUAGUCAGUGACCUCAGAGGUUCUGUCAUUGACCUCCAUUGUUACAACCUCUUCUCUGAUAUAUUCAAUAACAUGAGUGUGCAACAAAAUAUUGACCUGGUCUAUACCAACGCAUCAGCUCAACUGAGCUCCAUCGCCACUCCAAAUGGUCACCUAACAUUUGUUGGGGAAUGGGUUGCUGAGAUGCAAGUGGAAGGAACAUCAAAAGAGGAUUAUCAGAGAUUUGCAAAAGCUCAAUUAGAGGUGUAUGGGCCCAUAGGACAUUAGAGAAUGUGAACAACCACUGGAGUUUGGAGUGGAUGUUACAUCAAGCUUUAGUUCAUGUCUUCUAUCUUCAUUUUGUUCUUGCUAUUGCUUGUUUGUACAGGUGAGCUAACCAAUGGAUUAUGAGUUGCAGUCCAUCUAACUGGUGCCCAAUGGAUU